CUGCUUCUGCCUUCCAUAAUUGGCGUGCAGCGAACGGUAAUCCAGUCUCGAGAGCUGCUGGCGGGGCAGGCGAUGCAGUGGACGAGGCUAUUGACGAAAUCAAACGUCAGACGGGCUGGACUGAUGACUCAAAGAUCAACGUCCAUUGGCCGACUGUUGCAGUCUAUGGAGAGCGUAGAUAGAUGGUUAUUGUACAUUAUAGCAGCAGGCUUUGUACUUGUAGACUUCGACUUGGUCUUGUAGUAGAGUAGAGUAGAGUCAGUCAAGACAGAAACGACGAACAAAAACAUUUUUUGACUUUGGAGGCCAACAACACAGUCGCAGCUAUUGAACGAGGGCCCUGCUCAGCGGCCAUCUCGUAGGCUCAAUGUAUGGACGAUCUGCUCCGCUAUGGUGUACUCGGCGCAGCAGACCGAGACGCGCAAGGGCAGUGGCGCUUUCAACGGCAAAUUUCAGAAGAUGACCUAGCCGCAUCGUCGCACAGGCUUGUCGCGGCUGGCAAACCAGAGCGGUGCCUGGUUUUGAAUCGUGAGCUCGACUAUGAUGCUGGUCAGGAAGGUCUGCCCGGCGUACACGCGCUACGGCGCUUCAGACGACACCAUGCAACAGUUGCAAUUGAUGACGAUCUCUUGCUAGACCAUAUGAGAGAAGACUAUGCUCUUGGUCAAGUCAGAAGAGCAAGUCGAUUGGACUUGGACAGUCAGAUUGUGGUUGGAUACUCUCGUAACGUCGAACAGCGAUCUAUGGAGCGUUGCUUUGCAGCGGUCUUGGGCACGUCGCCCAGCACGCUCAGUAUUUUUCUUUCGCGACGACAUAUGGAUCUGGCUAAGCUUGGCGAUUCACGAAUUCCUGCUUACUUCGACAACAUACUGCCAAACAGCGUAUAUCAGCACACGUUCCGUUCACGCAUUCGUCAAUUGGUCUUUGCCUCUGAUGUGGCCAGCAACAUUUUGGCCGUCUUGCUUGAGGAUGAUCUCAAAGUAUAUCAACUGGAACACUUUCCUGUAGCUGGUGAUGUUGAGUUCUCUUGGCAUUGCUUGCACGUCGACGACGAUUCCUUCACUCUGCCGCGCGAUGCAACAGCUGUGGCUCUCUCAAAGACUGGCCUCAUGGCCGUACAGACCACAGACGGAGUCAUUCAAAUCUGGCAAAUAGUCAAAGUUCUCAGGACUCAGCAUGUGCUCAUCUAUCUACGCAGUAUACAGACUGCGACACGUCCGGAAACCUUCAAUAAAGCCUUUUGGGCUGCAUUGCGUCCAGACUUGCUCAUUUUCAUUGCCGGGUCGGAGCUAUGCGCACUCGAUACCAAUACAGGCAAGAUGAACCGAUCAGAGAUUUGCAAGCGGGGUGAGGCGGUCAUUGCCGCAGAGAAAACCGUCGGCAGCGAAGUAUUUGCUGAUAUCUUCACCGUCUUGACGACAGCCAGGCUACAAGUCUUCCAGGUGACGGAUACAAUCAUGCCAAUCGUCGGUUGGGCCCACUAUCGUCCAGUCGAAUCGAAACCCGGACUUGCCAUUCUACCACACGGCAACUUGCAGCGCAUUCUGGUGUGGUCAAAGCUCGACGGCUGGGCCACAAUCUAUACGUUGAAGCUUCUGCAAGUUGGGAAUACAACAUUCGAGCCAUAUGCAGUUGAAUUUUGCUCUGAAGAUGUACAAACGAGCUUCUGCGCCCUGCCAUUCCGCUCAGUCCAAGAUGUUGAUGACUUGGGAUAUUUCCAAGUCUUUUCUACUACGCAAGACGGCUGCUUGCUCUCGUCCAUGCUGGCGACCGAUAAUGCGAUGCGCUUCAAACGCCGCAGAGUCACAAUCAGACAUGGACACGACCUCAUCCUUUCAGAAGAACUGAGCGAUGAAGAUGUUGAUGAGGAUGGCUUUCUUCUUGGAUCAGCAAGCAAGAAGAGGCAGAGCAAUCUGUCUGAAUUGUACGCGAAGAUUACGUCGAGUGACUCACAAGGGAACGCUCCAGCUACGGGCAAACUUCUGACUGCCUAUGACUUGCUCACUGAACACCGCAUCUCCAGCACAAGCGACGAAGUAGACCAUGCCAUCGAAGUACUGGUACAAGACUAUACAGAUAGUGGCUUUUUCACGGCCUCACUCGAACAUAUCUCGGCAAUUAUUGGGUUUAGCCUCGAGCACCACGAAGGCGAGUCACUCGCUGCAGAGGCAAUUCAGACAAGCCUUACUUCAACAUGGACACCCGAGAGGCUUCGCCGGCGGGAUGCCCAAUUUUCCCGUGAUCGUGUGGUGAGGGAGGCAGCAAAUCGGAUCUGUCUUGCAAGCGUUGUGGUUGGCUCGGUACCCCAACAGGAUGGUAUUCUGGACUUGACCAGCUUCCGGAAAUAUACACAGCCAGAACGCAAGCCGAAGAACAAGAUUCUCGAAAAGCUGUUGGGUGACUGGGCUCCUAGUGAGGCUCCAGAAGGCUACAUUUGGCGUGAUUUGUGCGACACCAACCAUCAUGAAGCACACAAUACUAUCGGCAAGAAAGAUCGCUCGCACUUUCAAGUGGGACCGAUUCCUGCUUUUCGAGGCACGCCCGCUCAAGUUGCUGGCACACCUGUUGUCGCGCAGUCAAGUCCAUCCCGGCCGCCUUUGUUGCUCUCACAGAGAGGUCCCCCUACUCCGCGCUCUCAUCUUCGUCGACCUCUUGAUUUGCAGCCGAGCGAAACACAAGAUGCGGACGCAGUACCGGCAUCAUCACAACCAAUGCAAGGAUCAUCACAAGGCGAUGCUUUCGUCAUGACUCAAGCAGUGCCUGGGCCACAUGGAAGUCGAGCGGACCCAACAAAGAAGAAGAAAAAGAAGCGUGCUGGCUUUUGAGAGGAAAAAAAUUGUAAAUCUGAGCGUUGCACAUUUGUAUCUGUACACUACACAGCAUCCAUAGGGACGGGCCUUGCAUUUUAACUAUAAUUCAUUCGUUUCUCAUGCCAGAGAUUAGACUUGUACCGCACGGAGGGCGGAGCUACUUUUCUGCCCAGAGAAUGGACUCCCAGGACAUUGUAUUAAAUGAGCAACCAGCUGUUCUGGUCAACGCCAUCUACAAAGUCUUCAGACAAGAAUGCUGUGCUUGGUGCUUUCACUACGACCUUGGCAAGAUUCUCAAAGUCAGUCUUAAGCUUGAUGGUAAUAGCAAGAGCUCUGGAAUACUAGGUCGUUGUUGUACAGAGGAGUGCGCCAGACUAUUCAAGACCAACUCAGCAACGCUUGUCCAAAUACUUAUGAGGCUAGGCAACGUGCAAGACUUUGCACAAGAAGAUAUGCUUCGCUUCUGCUGCAGUGCAAUGGCGUUGUGCCGAGAUGACCCU